UCUUGGCGCGCGGCAGCGGGAGCCGGCGCGGGAGCCGCGAGAGGCGCCGAGCCAGCACCCGGGCCGGCCAAGCCUUGUCCGGAGCCCGGAGCCCCGCGCGGGGCAGCCCCCGGGGAGGAGCCUUGCCGGCUGGGACGCGUGCCACUCACUGGCACUGCCCGGGCUCGAGCCCGGCUGCAAGGAAACUAGCUGUGUGCCCUCCUCGAUUGUUCCGCAAUGAGUGCCAAGUCUGCCAUCAGCAAGGAAAUUUUUGCACCUCUUGACGAAAGGAUGCUGGGAGCUGUCCAAGUCAAGAGGAGGACAAAGAAAAAGAUUCCUUUCUUGGCAACUGGGGGUCAAGGCGAAUAUUUAACAUAUAUCUGCCUGUCAGUGACAAACAAGAAACCUACACAGGCAUCCAUCACGAAGGUCAAACAGUUUGAAGGCUCCACGUCAUUCGUGCGGAGGUCACAGUGGAUGCUUGAACAGCUUCGCCAGGUUAAUGGCAUCGAUCCUAAUCGGGAUUCCGCAGAAUUUGAUCUGUUGUUUGAAAAUGCAUUUGACCAGUGGGUAGCCAGCACAGCUUCAGAAAAAUGCACCUUCUUCCAGAUUCUCCACCACACCUGCCAGAGGUACCUCACGGACAGGAAGCCAGAGUUUAUUAACUGCCAGUCCAAAAUCAUGGGAGGAAACAGCAUCCUCCACUCGGCAGCCGAUAGCGUGACCAGCGCCGUACAGAAAGCGAGCCAGGCCUUGAACGAGCGCGGGGAGCGGUUAGGCCGAGCAGAGGAGAAGACGGAAGACAUGAAGAACAGUGCCCAGCAGUUUGCGGAAACUGCACACAAGCUCGCCAUGAAGCACAAAUGUUGAGAAGCUGCCUAUCUGGGUGAUGACCCUCUCAAGAGAAAUGGAAGAGCUCAGUGGUUUUUACAAGAAUUCCGGACCUCUCCUUGCUUCUUUUUUCCAGUAUAUGGACACUUAGGGUUUUUUUGCUUUGCCUUUUCAGAUGUGAAUAUGAAAGAAAAGAAGUUGUGUUGACACAUUUCACUAAUGAUUUUGCUAGGAAAUGCUGCAGCAGGCAUCAGCUUCAUUUGGUUUUUGUUUUCCUCCACUGUGUGUAUGUAGGUCUUUAAAUGUGUUUUCUUUCUUUAAGGUUUUUUUUUUCUUUUCGGUAGUUUGAAUAUAAAAUUUGGACCAAAUGAUAUCCUGAGCUGGUUCUAAACUGGCAACAUGUAUUUUUUUUCUUGCUAUUAAGGCAGAGAGAGGUGCCUGGCUGGCUCAGUUGGUAGAGCAUGCAA